CGUAUACGAAGUUGUUGAAUUUCUCUCGUUGACUCUACUGAAGUCUGCAUCUCUCCCAGCAAGACAGAUUUUGAACAAUUCCGCUCUCUGCGCUUACUCCUCACAUCCUCCAACCCAUCCUUCGAAGCAGCUAGCCAUGGCGGCGUCCAUCGAGCUGACCAGGGAGUACGGCUACGUGGUGCUGGUGCUCGUGGCCUACUCCUUCCUCAACCUCUGGAUGGGCCUCCAGGUCGGCAAGGCCCGCAGGAAGUACAAGGUGUCCUACCCCACCAUGUACGCCGUCGAGUCGGAGAACAAGGACGCCAAGCUCUUCAACUGCGUGCAGAGGGGGCACCAGAACUCGCUGGAGGUGAUGCCGCUCUUCUUUGCCAUGCUGCUGCUCGGCGGCCUCCGGCACCCGGCCGCCGCCGCCGGGCUGGGCGCCCUCUACACGGUCGCGAGGCUCUUCUACUUCACCGGGUACGCCACGGGCGUCCCGCGCAACCGCAUGAGGAUUGGGGUGCGGCUCAGCGUCGUGGCGGGGGUUGGGCUGAUCGGCUGCACGGCGUCGUUCGGCAUCAGCCUGAUCGUCAGGGAGACGCCCUGAACUCUCAAGCUCCGUGGGCCUCGUGCUUUGUAGGCAUGGUGAAUUAUACAUGGUCCUGUUCGUCCGACGAACGUCUAGUCCUUUUGUUCUUCGGCAUCUGUGUUAAAAAAAAAAAGUGAUACCUGUCUUCAUCCGUUCUGCCACACAAUAAAUUACACAUGAUUCUUAGCUGUGAAUCCACGGAAAUUUCAAUGUUGUAAUUUGUAAAGCCCCAAAACAAUGAUCAUGGUAUACCACGUCGUACAGAAAUGGCGACGAAGGAAACCUUGUCAACAA